CCGCGCACCGCCGCAAAGCUCGGGCCACACAUGGCUCGUGCGAGGCUAUGACAUCACGUCCCUCCACGCCUUUGGAUCGUUAGCUGCUUGCAAUAACGGGGCACCAAUGCAGACGCGACAAAGAACCAAUUGAAACAAGCCCGCAAUCUCGAUGAAAGACACAGCCUAGGCUCCAUUGCCCCUCGCUAAAGAAACGAUGACGAUUUCACUACGUAGGCGGGGUCAUGCGGUUGCAAAGGAGCUCCAGUGUUUGCCAAUUCCCACGAUGAAUGCUUGCGGCGAGGAAAGAGGGACAUGACGUAGCUGCCUCACAAGCUCUCGCUCUCAGCAGUACAUAAACCUCUGCCGCCCGCUACUCUAGAGCCCUCAUCCACAUCCACACUGCAACUCCUACAAUCCACUUCAACCACACACCCAACAAACCAAACCCCAAACACACCACCAAAUCACCAACAUGUCUGACGCCGGCCGCAAGGAUUUCUCCACCAAGGCUAAGGAGGAGAUGACCCCCGAUUCCUCCAAGUCCACCCAGCAGAAGAUGAAAGAGGCCUUCACCGACACUGGCGACAAAGUCGCUCGUGGCGCCCAGCCCGACUCGGAUAAGUCUACCGGCCAGUCCUUGACCGACAAGAUGGGCCGCUCCAAGGACCGCGAGGUUCACGGCAGCACCGGCGGCUCCAUCAUCGACAAGACCAAGAACGCUCUCGGCAUGGGCGACAAGCACUAGGCUGCUCGUUACGACUACAACAAUGACGGACGAUAAUGGGACGGAGUUUCAUGAUAUCGGAGGUUUGGGACGGGAGCUUGUUUCCUGUUCCUGCUUUAUGGCCCGAGAUAAUGCCUUUGUAUGAGUAUGAUACCAUGCCUGAUGGCGAUUGAAUGAGGAAACUCUUAUUUCGAUAUCGACAAUUUGUACCUGCUUUGAUGUGUGAUUUGUGAUGGUUGGUGGAUUCUUCAUUGAACACGUCAAACGUUUUGCGUGGUUAUGAUAAAUGGCAUUGGUAUAGAUUCCCAUGUACUGUUUCCACCUGACCUUCGCUAAAGCGUCAUGGUGACUCUAACGUUGGAUAAUGAGGCAGCAUCCGUCAGACACACGUUGUUUGCACCCAGUAACCGU